UACUUCAGAAAGAGGCCGUGGUGUUAUAGUCAUCUGGCUUACUCAUUGGCACUCCGUCUUACAUUUACUAAGAACUCGAUUUGAAGCCUCUUUGGCAGCAUGACCUCUAACAGUCUGUGUGUUGGUUUUUGUAUUUUACUAGUUACUGUUUCUAGUGCAUUUUGUAAAGUUUCCAAUGAAGAACGCCUGAGCAAGCUUGAAGCUCAACUGGAGAAAGUCACUUCUGAGCUGAACGACAUCAAGAAGCAAUGCGCGUGUCAGCAGGGAGACAACUCGUCAAACGCAGCUAUGGCGAAGUCCCGUGAAACAAGAGCUACUGAUCCAUUCGUGGCCUUCGCCGCUACUAUCAUCAGCGACAUGACACCACUAGCCGCCAACGAAGUCAUCAUCUUCGACAACGUGUACACGAAGGUGGGCGGGGGAUACGACCCGUUCAUUGGUCGUUUCCAGGCUCCAGUGGCUGGCUACUACCACUUCGUUGUCACCAUCAUAUCUUACCAGUCACACUUUAUCGAAAUCGAAUUAAUCCGCGACGGUAGUAUGCUCUGUCGUGCGCGUGCAUCUCAGACAUACAAUGCUAUGGGAGCAUGUGCUUCAAACGUACACCUUAACGUCGGAAGUGACGUUUGGGUUCGACAUAGGUCAAGUGUUGGCGACUAUAUCCGCGGAUCAUAUUUCCCAUCGUUUACUGGCCAUCUUAUUAAAGCUGACUAAAUCUUGUAAAA